GACAUUGGGCUCNAAAAUGAGAGGACAAGCUUUUGUUAUUUUUAAAGAUAUUAAUAGUGCAACGAAUGCUCUUCGUUCCAUGCAAGGUUUUCCUUUUUACGAUAAACCAAUGAGAAUACAAUAUGCCAAAACGGACUCUGACAUAAUUGCCAAAAUGAAAGGCACCUUUGUUGAAAGACCUGCAAAACCUAAAACAAAAGAAGACGCUGUUGACGUUAAGAAACAGAAAAAGAAGGCUGCAAAAGAACAAGCUAGACAGGCUCAGCAAGCACAAGCAGGUCUUGCAUUAGGUGUUAUGGCGCCUGGAGCAAUGGUUCCUGGAAUGGUAACUCACGGUAUGUUGACUAUUUUAGGCUUUACAAUAUAGUAAACAAGUUUAAUUAAUUAAAUAUAUAUCCAGUAAGACUGUUUAGACAAAUUUAUAUUUGUUUUCUUUCAUCAAUCUUUCUGAAUAGUGAAAUAACAGUAAUCAAACAUCUUUACUAUACCCGAUACGAUUAAAGCUAUCCAUCAACUAAAGCCGAAUAAUAUCGGGCUAUAUUAUCUAACCCGAUAAUAUUCGGCUUUGGUUGAUGGAUAGAAAUAACAGUAUUGACCUAAAAUGAAUAUCUUGCAAUGUUGAUUGAAAUUUUAUUUGUUGAAAGAAAUCUUAUUCAAUAUUUAAUAGAAUGUCCGCACGUCGAUAAAUACCUUAGUAAAAUCAAGGUUGAUCCUUGUUGGGAAUCAAAGAAUCAGCUGAUCGAUGUCCUGGUGGUCUGCAAGGUUGUUUGGGAGAAGCUUCAAUGAAUCGAAAAAGUGUGAAAGUUUCUGAAUGUCUUAAGAUAGGCAUAGGAUUUGCGACAGCUACUUAAGUGGUAUCCAAAAGGGAUCGGGCGUGACCACUAGUCCAAAGAUGGCGAACUAACGAUAAUAACGAACUCUCUCUGGCAUCGUUGGACCUUGCCAUUUUAUCUGGGGGUGCUCCCCAUGGUCCCCUUGCCCUUUGGCAAUGUUUCAAUGACUAUGUCCAAUAGCAAAUUCUCGCUGUCACGU